CCUCGCCCUCUGCUCUUUUCCUGCCGCGCAGCUUCGGUUCUCCGGCCCUUUUUUUCCCUGCUCUUUGCGUCCGCAGCCACCAUGAGCCGGAUCUCUUUCCGAUCAUCCACCGGAGGGGGCAUGAGGGGCUUCAGCUCGGGCUCUGCCAUCGUGGGAGGCGGUGGCGGGGGCACCAGGAGCAGCUUCAGCUCCGUCUCCGUCUCCAGAGUCGGGGGAGGAAGAGCCGGAGGCGGAGGAGGCUUCGGAGCCGGCGGCGGCUUCGGCAGCAGGAGCCUCUACAACAUGGGUGGAAGCAAAAGGAUCUCCAUCGGGGGUCUCCGGAGCGGAGCCGGUGGCGGAUUCGGCUUCGGCGGCGGCGCCGGCUUCGGGCUGGGCUAUGGCGGCGGUGGAGCCGCUUUCGGCUUGGGAGGAGCCGGUGCCGGUGGUGGUUACGGGCUGGGAAGCGGAUUUGGGCUGGGAGGUCCCGGAUUCGGCGGCCGAGGCGGCCCCGGGUUCCCCGUGUGCCCCCCCGGCGGCAUCCACGAGGUGACGGUGAACCAGAGCCUGCUGGCCCCCCUGAAGCUCGACAUCGACCCCGAGAUCCAGAAGGUGCGGACGCAGGAGCGGGAGCAGAUCAAGACCCUCAACAACAAAUUCGCCUCCUUCAUCGACAAGGUUCGCUUUUUGGAGCAGCAGAACAAGGUGCUGGAGACCAAGUGGAGCCUCCUCCAGGAGCAGGGGCACACGGUCACCAGGAAGUCCCUGGAGCCCCUGUUCGAAGCCUACAUCGGCAACCUGCGGAGGCAGCUCGACAGCCUGAUGGGCGAGCGGGGCCGCCUGGACUCCGAGCUCAGGAACAUGCAGGACAUGGUGGAGGACUUCAAGAACAAAUAUGAAGAUGAGAUCAACCGGCGCACGGGGGCCGAGAACGAGUUCGUGGUGCUCAAGAAGGACGUGGACGGCGCCUACAUGAACAAGGUGGAGCUGCAGGGCAAGGCAGACUCGCUGGCAGAGGAGAUCAACUUCCUGCGGGCUCUCUACGAGGCGGAGCUGUCCCAGAUGCAGCAGCAGGUGUCGGACACCUCGGUGGUGCUUUCCAUGGACAACAACCGGAGCCUGGACCUCAACAGCAUCAUCGCCGAGGUGAAGGCGCAGUACGAGGACAUCGCCAACCGCAGCCGCGCCGAGGCCGAGGCCUGGUACCAGAACAAGUACGAGGAGCUGCAGGUCUCGGCCGGGCGCCACGGGGACGACCUGAGGAACACCAAGAUCGAGAUCUCGGAGAUCAACAGGAUGGUGCAGAGGCUGCGCAACGAGAUCGACAGCGUGAAGAAGCAGUGUGCCAACCUCCAAGCUGCCAUCGCCGAGGCCGAGGAGCGCGGGGAGCUGGCCCUCAAGGACGCCAAGGCCAAGCUGAGCGAGCUGGAGGACGCCCUGCAGAAGGCCAAGCAGGACCUGGCCCGGCAGCUCCGCGAGUACCAGGAGCUCAUGAACGUCAAGCUGGCCCUGGACAUCGAGAUCGCGACCUACAGGAAGCUGCUGGAAGGGGAGGAGAGCAGGCUGGCUGGAGAAGGAGUGGGAGCCGUCAGCGUCUCCGUGGUCAGCAGCUCCAGCGGGAUGGGAUACGGCGGCGGGAGCUGCCUGGGGAUGGGCGGAGGGCUCGGGAUGGGCGGCGGCGGCGGCGGCGGAUUCUCCGUGAGCGGCGGCGGCUUCGGGGGCGGCAGCGGCGGCGGCUUCGGGGGGCUCAGCUACGGCGGGGGCAGCACCUUCAGCUCCGGCAGCAGCCGAGGCGUGAGCUCCAGCACGGGCGGCAGCGUCAGGAUCGUCUCCAAGACCACCACCAGCAAAAAGACCAUCAGAUAAGGGCGGGGAGCCCCCCGGGGGCGGCGGGAGCGGGUCCCGCCUGCCCCUGCCCUGCGCGUCCAGGGUGUAAAUAGCUGCGCUAGACCCUCUCCUU